CAGACACGAUAGCCUGCGCUAAUACGCGUCUACUUAUCCGCCUGUCUGGAUAUUUUCCUGCUUGGAUUCUAUAGCGGAGAUCAUAGGAUAUGUGCCCGCGGAAUUAUGAGAACCCCUGUCCUUCUAACAGAAGUAAGAUAAAAUAGGCUUUUGAGUACAUUGGAUUAACCCCUCUCAUUCCUUAUGAAGAAGGCAAAAAUUUGGAUAAGAGCUUGUGUCUGCGUUCUAAUUUAUACCACUUUUGCUGCAUGUUCACGUGGAACUGGAAAUCCAACAUCUGAUGACGACGACAGGAUCUCAUUAUUGAAACAGAAUAUACCAAAAGAUUACAAGAUUCCUGUUCGUUUCGUUCCCAAAGAAGUGAGUGGGAUGUGUUGGGUCGAGCUAAACGUGUUUCAUCUGGAGGUGAGCUUGACAGCACUGGCGGAAAUGUUUGGAAAUAUAUCCUCCAACAGAAACGAUAUUAGUGUCCUUGUCCAGAUGCUGCAGGACGUGCGGUAUCGGAUUGGGAACGACCUGGAGAUGAUGAUGGAAGAGUUUGAAUGUCAUUACAAAGAUGAAAAAUGGCAGACAGCCAACUAUUUUGACUAUGUCAAGGACUUUUUAGCUGCUGCCGCUUCAGAAAACAAAAGCACAGGGUGCGAUUCUCCUUCCUGCCCUACAACAAUAGCAACCCCAUCAACUCCAACACCAACUGCAACAGAACCUCUCACCAGCUCCCCGAAAGUGUCUGGCUGUGUGACAGCGCCAGACUGCAGCAUGCGGACAGAACGUCAGUACUUUCCAGAAGUUGUACAGAAAAGCCUUCUGUCACUGCUCCUAAUUCCAACGGCUGCAGUUGUGUGUUUGCUAGUUUGGAAGGUAAAAAACAGAAGAAGAGCACCCUCCUCAGAAGGAAAUCCUGAAAGUGGAGACCUCUUCCAUACAGUGGAAGAGAACAGACCGCCUUUAGAUGACAUAUCUGAAGAAAAGAACAAACUGAACACCAUUCAAGCUAUGUAGUUUCUCCCUUGUGAGAUUUGACAGGAGAAGUGUCCCUCCCCAGCUCCCACUUUUCUGAGGCGGAAAGGAAGAGAACCGAACUGGUCGUAGAACGCUCCGGAAAAGACGAGGAGGGAACUCUUCUGGAAUCCAGGCAUCGAAAGUCGAUGGACCAACAGAUUUGUGAUUCUGUGUAUUUGCACUCAAAAAGGUUUAGGUGGUGCAGGGUCUCGCUUCUUUGAGCAAAUAGUGACCAAAGUGGACAAGAAAAAAAGAAACUAAUACAGACGGCUUUUUAUAUGAGGAAAAUAAUUGUUUCAUGACUACCUCUAGUGGCCCGUGUCUUUGUCCCGAUUUCUUACCAUAUGACAGUACUAUCACUAGCCUCUCAUUUUCCAUGGGCAGUUGCUAAGCACGAAUGUGGGGAACAGUCACUGUGACACAUUCACCUGCAGUGUGUCCCAUGGUUUGACUCCGGAACUACUUUGGUGUUGAAAC